AUGACAUCGUACUUUCUCCCCAAUAAUACCACAAGUUCUUACCUUCCAUCACGCCCAAGUAGCAUGAACGCAUCUACUUUCGCUGCCCCUCAAAUAUCAAACAAUCAAGGAAAUCAUAAUAGUCCCAAUACUCCCGCCCCUAGCCCUUAUUAUUUGACUGUGCAAGCGCCUCAACCGUUGAAUGCUGCUAAUGGCUGGAAUGUUCCUACAGAUAAGAGGGGAGGACCUACCUCGCCUUUAGGCUAUUCAUCUCAAGGCAAUCCCGGUAAUGGAAACGUCGGUUUAGCUUCUCCGUUCAAUGGUUCGUUUCCGUCUCAACCAUCUAACGGUCAGUUGCAAGAAGCGAAACCAGUAUUACCUCCGCGUUCAGUGCUCGAACAAAAUUCCCCGACCUCUCUCGCAAUGAAUCAUUCGUCUCCCAUCGUCUCGUCAUUUUCUCCAGCUCUCUCGCAAGCACAAAAUGACGUAUCAAACAUUAUGGUCAAUAAUAGAUCAUCAACCAACCGAACCGUGGCAAACACAAAAAGAGCUGCCCAAAAUCGUGCCGCACAACGCGCGUUCCGUCAACGUAAGGAUCGUUACAUUAAAGACCUUGAGCAAAAAGCUAAGGAGCUGGAUAACAUUAAGAAGCAGUAUGAUUCCUUGUUUAAGGAGCUUCAGGAAAAGGAUGCCACCAUUAACAAUUUAAAAUCUCAAUUGGCUCGAUAUAAGGAGAUUGAAUAUAGCGAUGAUGAUUUACGUCGUAAUAAUAAUGCGUCGCCAUAUUCAUCAAGUAAUAAUGACGACGACACACGUGCUUUUGAUGAGGAGCCAUGGUCAAGACAGAAAAUUGUUCGUAACAAUUCUAAUGGUAGCGGAUCAAAUAAUAAUCAUCAUAAUGAUCAUACUUUUUUUGACAAAGAAAGUAAUAAAAAUACUUAUCCAUUCUCGCCAACUUCUCCUGAUGGAUCUCCUCCACAAGCUUCAUUAAAUCGUCCCGGUUCUGGUCUAACAGAGAAUCCUCCGCGCGGUUCUGGCACCAUUUUACCACCAGGUCCAAAUGCCGACUCGACAAUUGACCCUUACUAUCGAUCGGAGUAUCGUCAUUCAAAUCAUUUGAAUUCCUCACAAAAUAUUGCACCAAUACCAAUAUUGCAUCAAAAUGGUCGUAACUCAUAUAAUCAUAAUAAUAGCGCGAAUAAUAACAAUGGUGCUGGUAAUCACCACCACAGCAAUCAGAAUAACGGUAAUCAUCGAGUCGUGGUUGUGCCCGGUGAGGAAGACACCGACCGAGUUAUGGUAGAUGAUCUAUGCGAAUUACUAAGAACUAGAAGUCGACCGACUACUAUACCACAUACGUUGGGAAUGAGCUUAUGGACACCGACUAAUCAAGGAACUCAAUCUGGUGUCAAUGGAAAUGGAACAGUGGUUUCAUAA